AACGGCGAGUACUACGGCGCCCUCGGCGCCAAGCCCAAGGACACGCCGCAGCAGCUCAAGAAGGCCUACCGGGCCAUGGCCAUGGCCGUGCACCCGGACAAGGUCGCGGACUCGCGCGCCGCGAGCGCGUUCGACGCGCUGCGCGACGCCUACGACGUGCUCUCCGAGCCCAUGGCGCGCGCCCAGUACGACCAG